AAAAGUAAGAAAAUGCUGGGAUCAGAACGAGGUGUCGUGGAAGAAUGGCUGUCAGAAUUCAAGGCAUUACCUGAAUCACAAAUUUCCAGCUAUGCAGCUACUUUGCACCGAAAAAACCCACUGGUGCCAGCUCUUUAUAAGGUCAUUCAAGACCCAAAUAAUGAGCUCCUGGAGCCUGUUUGCCACCAGCUCUUUGAACUUUACCGUAGUUCUGAAGUUCGGCUCAAGAGAUUCACACUGCAGUUUUUGCCAGAGUUGGUCUGGGUGUAUCUGCGUCUUACUGCCAGCAGGGAUAGGCAGAGUAAUGGUUGCAUUGAAGCAUUGCUGCUUGGCAUUUACAACUUGGAAAUUGCUGACAAAGAUGGAAACAACAAAGUUUUGUCUUUCACCAUCCCUUCAUUAUCUAAACCCUCAAUAUAUCAUGAGCCCUCUACUAUUGGAUCCAUGGCAUUAACUGAAGGAGCACUAAGUCAGCAUGACCUCAUCAGAGUAGUUUACAGUGAUCUUCAUCCUCAAAGAGAGACCUUCACAGCACAGAACCGGUUUGAGGUGCUGAGCUUUCUUAUGCUGUGCUACAAUUCUGCUAUUGUCUAUAUGCCUGCCUCCUCUUACCAGUCACUUUGUACGAUGGGUUCCAGACUGUGUGUGAGUGGAUUUCCACGGCAGCAUGAGAAACGCUGGAAAGAACACUGUGGUAGAGUGGUGUUAGACCCUGACUUCAUGGUGCAGCUGCUCACAGGUGUCUAUUAUGCCAUAUAUAAUGGUCAGUGGGAACUUGGCCAGGAAGUAUUGGAGGACAUAAUUUACAGAGCACAGCUUGAGCUCUACUCACAGCCUCUGCUGGUUGCAAAUGCCAUGAAGAACUCGCUGCCCUUUGAUGCCCCUGAUGCAUCGCAAGAAGGCCAGAAGGUACUGAAAAUAGAAGUUACUCCAACAGUGCCAAGGAUUUCUCGGAGUGCUAUUACAACAGCUUCUAUCCGUCGUCAUCGCUGGAGGAGAGAAGAUGCUGAAGGCGUAAAUGGAAGAGAGGAGUCUGUGAACCUUAAUGAUGCUGAUGAAGGAUUUUCAUCAGGAGCUUCCCUCAGCAGCCAGCCAGUUGGGACCAAACCUGUAUCCUCUGUGUCACAGAAGGGCAGCUUAAGGAAAACAGCAAGUGGGCGUUCUACUAAGGAUAAAGAAACCUCUUCUGCAGCAAAAUGCAAUGAGAGCCCUCGAGAUUCAGUAGCUCGAAAGCAGUAUACACACCAAUCCACCGACCUGGGUGGAGAUAUAAUUGAGAUGACACCUACUAAGAAACACCUCAGCCUGCCUGCUGGGCAGGUGGUGCCAAAAGCCAACAGUUUGAGCCUGAUCAGGACCGCCAGUGCUUCCUCCAGUAAAUCAUUUGACUAUGUGAAUGGCAGUCAGGCAGGCUCCAGUGUUGGAGAUGGUACAGAAGGUUUUAGCAAUCUAACAGCUGGCAACACCAACCGGUUUUCAACUAUCAGCCUACAGGAGGACCGACUAGGCACAGCUGGGGAAGGUAAAGAUCUCCUUGCCCCAGGAGCUCCCCUAACCAAGCAGUCUCGAUCUCCAAGUUUCAAUAUGCAGCUGAUAUCCCAGGUGUAACUUUGACUCCCUUCCUUAGUACUCCCUCUUUGCCCUUAAGCCCCUGGCAAGUUCAUCCUUAGGCAAAACAUGAACCAUCAUCCCACAGUGUGAAAAUACUGACUGUUGUGAUCUUGUUUGAUUUGGUUUCGCUGUCAUACUGUAUUACUGACACAGCAAUAAUUCUUCCCUCACCUUCAUCCUCCUUCCCCCUUGUAACCGUGGUUGUGAAGCAGUAUAUAAUGUACUGUAUGCCUUUUUCCAUGCCUUCCUUUCUCCUUGGGUGAUGUGCAAUCCAUCGUAGGCUGAUCAGUCCCAUUUCAACACUGUGAGACUGGAGACACCGGUGGAAAUGGUGAAUGUGAUCCCUAUGAGAUGAUGCUUUGGCUUUGUUAAGAAAUAGAAACGGGUUUGUUUUCUCAGUCUACAGUACUGCAAAGACUACUGGAUCAUGACUUUUCUUUCUCAGAACCAGGAGUGCCUCAGAGAUUCUAGUGUGACUUUGGACCUCUCUGAGUCUGUGCAAUCAAUUCUGGGGAGGGGAUUGUCAUUGCUGCUCCUGGCUGCCUACAGCACUUUUAUUAUUAAAAUGAGGGUAGUUUUUUCUUGAC